AUGGGUCAACUUCUGAAUUCAGUGGAAGGAACUCUAUUGUUAUUAAACAAUUUAACAUUUUAUGGCUUUCCUACCAAAACAUCAGAGUUUCAUCAACCAAAAUCAUGUUCAUUCUUUAGAAGGAAGACUGCCAAACUUUGGAAAUUUCGUAGUGUUCGAUCAUCUUUACAAGGUGGUUUAGAGGUAAAGGAUCGUGUCAACAGCUCUAAUGAAUUUAAGGCUAAUUGUUGCGAUGAAGGGGAAAUGGAGCCUUUCCCACACAUACAAACUCUUAGAAAGUUUCCUAAGAAGGAGCUGGUGGAAAAAGUGGUCAUGGUCAGAUUUGAUAGCACCAAUUUACUUAGGGAAGAAGAUCUGGACUGGAGCUCUCAAUCUGUCUCAAGUGCAGUUUUCACAAUUAAAUAUUUACAUGAAGCUGGAGCAAAAAUAAUUCUGGUGAGUGAUUGGAGGAAGAAAACUAAUUCAAAGCUUGUUAAUGUCGAGUCUGUUGCAGAAAUAAUUCACGACAAUCUCUUUGUUCCAGAUAUUUUAUCAUCAGUUAUCCAACACAAAGUUGUUGCCAUUAAAUGCAAUUAUUCUGAUGUGUUGCCAAAAAUGGAAGUCCUGAAGAAAGAAGAUAUAUUCCUUAUUGAGAACCUUUCAAAGUUCAAAGAGGAAGUUGCCAAUUGUUCAAAGUUUGCUGAACUAUUAUCAUCAGGAGUUGAUAUUUUUGUUAACGAUUCCUUUUCUCAGUCUCAUAAAAUACUUGCAUCAACAGUUGGCAUUGCUCGUUUUUGUUCUGCUUGUAUGGCUGGUUUUCACUUUGAAGAGAGCCUUUGUCAGCUGAAGAAGGCUGCAAGAACUAACAAAAGACCAUACGUUGCAAUUAUUGGAGGGGCUAAUCUCCAUGACAAAGCAGCUGCAUUGAGUUUUUUAGUUUCCAGAUGUGAUGGACUGGUCUUCCUUGGGAUGAUGUCAUUCCAAAUAAUGCAUGCUUUGGGCCUUUCUAUUCCUUCAAAUCUGGUAGAACCUGGGGCAUAUCAAGCAGCUUUAGAUAUAAUCCAAUUUGCACAUGAUAGAAACAUUCCUAUUCUAUAUCCCAAAGAUUUUUGGUGCAUGAAUGAGCAUCUUCCAGAGAAAAUGAGAAAAUUUCCUUCUCAUCGCAUUUUGGAUGGUUGGCUACCUGUUGAUCUCGGUCCUAGGUCAUUGGAUGAAUUAAACUCUGUACUAGUGAAAUGCAAGAAAAUUCUAUGGAUUGGUCCUGUGAAAUUCAAGUUCUCAGGUCAAUGUGCAGACGGAGCAUCUAAAUUGGCUCAAACACUUAAUGAACUAAGUCAAAGAAAUUGUGAUAUCACAGUGGUGGGGAAUAUGGCAUGCAAAGCUAUGGUGAUGGAAUCAAAGUCCAUCUUGGUUAAUGACAUGAUUGAAAAUGCUUCAGUGGUGUGGGAAUUUUUCAAAGGAAGAACACUUCCUGGGGUCAUGGCCUUAGAUAGGGCAUACCCAUUUGAGAUCGAUUGGAAGUCUGCCUACAGUAACCCAGCUCAACCAUUGGUGGUUGAUAUUGGAAGUGGUAGUGGGUUAUUUCUUUUGGGGAUGGCUAGAAGAAGAAAGGAUUUGAAUUUUCUUGGUCUAGAAAUUAAUACAAAGCUUGUUAGACGCUGUAUGGAUUCUGUUCAUCAUUAUGGCAUUCGGAAUGGGUACUUCAUUGCAACAAAUGCUACGUCAACAUUUCGGUCCAUAGUUUCUAGUUACCCGGGAGAGUUGGUCCUUGUUUCGAUACAGUGUCCGAACCCUGAUUUUAACAAACCAGAACAUAGAUGGAGAAUGCUGCAAAGGUCAUUGAUUGAAGCAGUGGUAGAUCUUCUGGCACAUGAUGGGAAGGUUUUCCUGCAAUCUGACAUAGAAGCAGUCGCUGUGAGAAUGAAAGAACUUUUUCUCAAAAAUGGCAAGGGCAAGCUCACUCUAUGGAAUGAUCAACACCAUGCAAAAAUGAAUCGAAGGGCAUGGUUUGAAGAGAACCCAUUUGGAGUUAUGUCAGAUUGGGAGCAACAUGUUAUUGAUCGUGGGUAUCCAAUGUACAGAUUGAUGCUUUCCAAAUCACCGGUAUCAAAUGACGUUGCAGUAGCUGGUGAGUAA